AUGUACUACCCAAAGGCUGCUUCAAUGAUAAAAAAGGGCUAUGAAAAGUACAAGGAUACACCAUUUCGCAUGCUCACAGCCGACGGAGAAGUCAUCGUCCUGCCUACUAAGUAUCAACAAGAGUUGAGGCAUCUGCUUCCAUCACAACUCAGUUCUUUACAUGCACAAUAUGAAAAUGCGCUGGGCCAAUACACCAACAUCAUCAUCGAUAGUUAUUUACCAUCGAUGACCGUUCGGAAGAAGUUGACUCCAGCUCUAGGCCGCAUCGUCCCCCGAGUCAUCGAUGAACUGCGUGGCGCAUUCGACGCACUCCUCCCAGGAUGCGAAGACACCUGGAUCCAAAUCAACCCAAACGAACUCUUCACCCGCCUAAUCGCCCUAGCCACAUCACGCGUAAUGGCCGGCGACGUCCUCCGCCGCAACGAACAAUGGCUAAAUAUCGCAAGCAGUUACACAAAAAACAUAGGGAUUACCGUGAUCCUCAUACGCCCCUUCCCAGCCUACCUCCGACCCCUAGUAGCGCUCUUCCUCCCAUCAGUCCAACAAAUGAAAAAGCAACUCCGCUUCGCGAAGGAUCUCUUCGCACCUAUGGUCCAUGAGCGCAGACAGGCCGCGCUCGCAAAUGACCCGGAUUAUACGAGCCCGGAUGAUUUCCUGCAGUGGAUGAUAGAUCUUGGUGAGGAGCAGGGCGAGACGCUUGAUCCGGAGCUCCUGGCGCAUCAUAUGCUCCUCCUGGUUACGCUGGCUGUUGUUCAUACUAGUACUAUGGCUUUGUGUCAUAAUAUCUAUGAUUUGAUCGUUAUGCCGGAGUAUUUGGAGCCGUUGAGGGAGGAGAUGAAAAGGACACUGCCGGAUGGUUGGUAUAAGGGCACUCAGGCUGCGCUGGUCGAACAGCAUCGGUUGGACAGUUUUAUGCGCGAGUCACAGCGGUUUGGUCCGCCUGGUGAAUUAUCUGUCCACCGCAUCGUCAAAAAACCAAUUACCCUCCACGAUGGUCUCACGCUCCCCGUCGAAACACAUAUCUGCUUCGCUGCAGGCCCAAUUAGCAGAGACAUGGACUUCCUCCCAGAUGCAGAAACCUUCGACGGGUUCCGGUGGUGUCGAAAGCCCGAAGACCGGUAUGCAUUGUCUCCUGAGUUGGGGGCAUCUGCUGCCACUCCAAGUGGCGAGAAGGAGAAGGAAAAUACAGAGAAGGCUGUCACUUCGCCUGCCAGCUUUGUGACUAUCAGUGCGACAAACAUGCAUUUCGGAUUCGGGCGUCAGGCUUGCCCCGGUCGAUUCUUCGCGGCGAAUACCCUGAAGGCGAUUAUGAGUCGGGUUAUUCUUGACUAUGAUUUCAAGCUUGUUGGUGAUGAGAGACCUGCUAAUACUCAUGUUGGGGAGCAUAUUUUGCCAAAUCUUAACUCGCAUGCUCGUGGAUUCUUCCAACUACCAACCCAAGUAAAAGAGAAAACAAGAGGUUACUCAGCCUUUGACUCUGAACUUGUUCGUGGGAAAACACCCAUUCCUAAGGAGACCGUAUACUUCAACAAAAAGGGCGCAGAGAACGAUUACUCUCCCCCUUUAGGAUUUCAAUGUUCCGUCGAAGCCGUACACAAUGAGUGGACCAAUUUACGAAGUCAGCUAUUCAGUACAUUGUCUACCAUCCUAGACUCAAAGGAGUCUUUGAUAGGUACACCAUCUCUCGACUAUGAAUCUUUGGGUGUCAACUUCUAUGACUCUGAUAGACUAGGCGAUAGAGUUCAUUUCAGUCCAGCUCACAUGGACAGUAGUACAUUGACAAUUUUGGUCCGGGCUAGUGAAGCAUGCGAUGGGUUGGAGAUCGCCGGUCUUAGGACAACGGACAAGCGUGACAGCGAGGGUAUAGGACUGGAUGCCUCUUUCAUUUCCGUCCCAGCAAUGCCCGAUGAGGUUAUCGUGCUUGCAGGAACUCGUUUACAGCGUCUUCUAGGCAGAAGUAAAGUGCGUGCGUGCGUGCACAGAGUUCGUCGUCCUACGCAAACAAGCAACAGGUGUAUUGCAAACGAGAGAUUAAGUCUUGCAAUUUUCUGCGGACCUCCUAUGAAAUCAAGAGAUCGCCAGUUGUUCGGUGAUCUAUAA